CUUUUCGAGAAGGAUUGGCGAAGUUGCCUGGCCAGACUGCACGAUAUCAGAGCGGAUGCUCAUCCUCGUCCUCGUCCUCGUCCCCAAGGAGGAGGCCCAAUCCGCAAGGGGGUUCUGGUCAGAUCCUCCCCACACAAGAGCAUCCACUCCACUCUAUCAGUUCUGUAUGGAUUAAUCUGAUAGACAGAUUGCUUAAAAGACGAUCCAGCGAGUUUUCAAUCUGGCUGCUCGCGGUCAGCUGUUAUUCGUGACACGGGCACUGAAACAUAAUCAAGUGAUCUUGUCCCUCAGCAAUCAACGCCACAAACUUCCACUUUAAAACCCGGCAAGUGCGUUUCUAGGCAAACUUUGAUCGCGCUGGAUGAAGGCUCCCGACCGUUGGUUUUUGAAAGAAAUGGCCGGCCCCCACACAGCCCUCCUCUCAGCGCAAAUUCACUUCAUUCUUCGCCUGGAGAAAUCAGUGAGAGCUCUGACCGACAGUAACUGAUUAUGUUGGUUGGUCACCGUCUGACUGCGACAGAGACUUGUGUCACCCUUGGCUCACAGGUAAAAACCGUGACGAAUGGAUCUCGGAACCGCGCCAAGUUGAGUCGGUCCACCCCGGCCAUCUGGCCAGAGACCUGAGGCUGGAUUUUGUCUGCUCGGAGCUCCCAGUUACAUGGUGACUACCCCAGGUCGAUUCAACGUAAGCUUAGAGAACGUUUGGCAUGAGCCUUGUUUUUCUUCUUAUCGCCUCUCUUCAGACAAAGAGGCCUGAUCGUUGAGCUGUCAAACGUUUCGCAUGCAUGCGGCUGUUAGACAAGGACGUGGGCUUCAGUUUAACCAGAUUCUAUCUGAACGCGGGAACAGGGAUUCAGAAAGCGGAUUCCGUCUUAGCUUCAAGGCACUCUUUUGACUUUUGUCCGUCGUGGAAGAACGGGAGACUUUUCCGACAAAAGUGGACUGCAUUGGGGAUGUCAAUAUGUCCGGAUCUGGGCAAUUACGGGGCCCCGAUAGUGGAUGUUGGAGAUAUAGUCCCUUGACCGAUGCUUAGGACCAUGCUCCUUUCCCAGUCCCUGUGCAAGCAGCCCUUCAGAUCCUCUCCGCUGGGUUACCCAGGCUCUAAAUUCUAAUUCUUAGAGCCACCACUCAGCAUCAACACCCCGGAUUGUGACAUAUUUUGGGAUGUAAAUCCCUGUUUUACCGGACAAUUAGAUUCAUUGUCCUUAGGGCAGAGGGGGAAUAAGGCAGAAAGCUCUAUAUUCUGCAUUUGGAAGAGCUCCUCACGUAUGUAAUCCCAUUAUUGCCCUUGCAAAAAAAAAAAGAGGACCCGUUUUCUCUUUGGUACCUAAGUACCACAAUCUACACCUGCUUUUAUUUUGACCCCUACCUAACCCCCCCCCGGAGGCCACCUUAAUUGUCCCCGGACCAUCUUCGACUGUGUGAGUUCAGAUGUAACGAGCACGACACAAACCAAUAUACCAUGAUUUUACGAACCGCUCUCCAUUUCAUCCUUGAGCAGAGGCGUAUUGACGAUGGACAUGCCAUUAUCCAGCGACGAAUGACCCCAAAAGUCAUUGACCCUCUUCCUGUCUCUCACCGUCGGGGACUCAUCGCCGUUGGCGUCACAUCGUUGUUGUCAGCCAUCUCGACAGUAGGGCUAUUCCUCUUCAUCACAUAUCGUCUGGUUUUCUGGCGCAAGCAGCACCCCAACUAUAUCGGCUUCAACCAAUACAUCAUUCUGAUCUAUAACCUUCUCAUCGCUGAUUUUCAAGAAGCCCUCGGAUUCCUUCUUUCUAUAGAAUGGAUUGCCCGGAAUCAUAUCAGCGUCGAAUCCCCGACAUGCCCCGCUCAAGGUUGGCUGUUGCAGAUUGGUGACCCAGCAAGUGGGAUAUUUGUCACGGCGAUUGCCGUUCAUACCUUCUUACUUGUUGUUAUGGGAAGGAAGAUGUCCCAUCGGACCUUUAUUUUCUUUGUGGUUGGCCUUUGGGCGUUUUGCCUCCUCCUCGUCUUGACUCCUACGGCAAUGUAUGGGAGGAAAACGUUUGCUCCAAGUGGUGCCUGGUGCUGGAUCGACGAAGAAUUCGAGGCAGCCCGUCUCUGGGGACACUAUCUAUGGAUUUUUGUUGCUGAAUUUGGCUCUAUAGCGAUGUAUUCCAUCCUUUUUUUCUACCUACGACGACAACUUUCCGCUUCUCCACUCAUAAGCGGAGGGCAAAAAGAACACUUACGCCGUCUCCGCCGCGUCACAGGCUACAUGGUUCUCUAUCCGCUCGCAUACAUCGUCCUGUCCCUUCCGCUCGCAGCCGGCCGCAUGGCAAUGGCCCGUGGAGACAAGCUAAGCGUCGUCUACUUCUGCGUCGCGGGGGCCCUGAUCGCCAGCUCCGGGUUUGUUGACGUAGUCAUGUACGCGAUGACUCGUCGAGCGCUCAUUGUGGACUCCCAACCGUCCAAUAUCGACAGAACGUACGCCUCGGCUCGACACCAACAAAACCACAACCACAUCGCGACCGUGACGGCGGAAAAUCGGGCAUCCCGUGCGCUUUCGCGUCGGUCCUACCAGCACCAUAGACGACGGGAUACGGAGCGUACACACCGUCGAGGCUCGGCAGAUAAUAUCAUACAAGAGCAGCCGGACCUAGAGAUGCUGGGUUUCGGAAUGGGAAAAGUAUAUCAGAAAACCACGAUUGAAAUUACAAGUGAGCCAUUAGAUGCCAGGGAAGACGUGAGCACCGGCACGGCCUCAUCGACCGGCCCGUCGUGCGAAUUGGUGAAUCCGAUUGAUGGGAUACCUGUGCCAGGAGGCGGUUGGAUGUCUCCAAAAUGAGUUUUGAAAUAUUUGAUAUAUUUUUUUCCUUGAUACCUCUUUCGGUGGGGGACUGGGGCUUGCUAUGUUUUCGGAUAAUAUGGCUCUCCUUGUAUAAUGGCGUUUCGUGAAAGGAGGUUUAGGUGCUACGGAUUUCAAUCUUGGUGUUCGUGUGCGUUGGCUGCAAAACGGCUUCUAGAGAUAAAGGGCUUUAUCUCUUUCCUUUCUUCUAUUCCUCCCUUUUCCCCCUUUAUCUUUGGCUUUUAUUUUAUUUUAUUUGUUUUAUUUUAUUUUCCACGGGGUUGUCUAAUGGAUGCCCUAGGGCGAAGAGGACCUGAUCCAAUAAUCAGAAUGUUGAAAUAGAUUCUCACCUGUUGGUAGUUUAGAGACGGCUACAUUCCGCGUUUUGUUUGCGAAUCCGCAAUAUUAGUUAGGUCAGAAAUCGUCCCCUAAACACAAAUAAGGUUGAUCUGUAGUA